AUGAUGGAAUCUAUGGAGACUCUGAGACUCGACUUUGAGCGACAAAGCAAAUUGUUCAUGCUUGCUCUCGAGGAGGAAAGAGGGGGGACCAUCAAUCCCCAGCAGGAGAUGAAGCGACAACAAGAGAUGCAACGGCUAGAGGUGCUCCCACGUGCUGAUAUCGCCGCGAUAACCAAAAACAUAGAAACGACCGCUGCUACUAGUAAUAACCUGGCCACAAAACUAUCUAUCAUGCGAACGCUCCAUUUCGACGCUGGGCUUACUUGUCGAACUUUUCGGAAUGGAUGGUUUCCGAGGAUCCUCUUCUGGAUAAGCGGGAAACCCGGCUCUGGCAAAAGCACUCUAAUGAAGUACCUAAUCAACAGCCCCGAUAUAUCCAAACAUCUACGGAAAUGGGCAGACACGAGGAAAUUAUGCAUUAUCGACUACUUCUUUUGGAUCAAUGGUACCGAUAUUCAUCGCUCACAGGGGGGUCUACUCCGAUCAUUGCUGUUUGACGUCUUCCAUAAAUGUCCUGAACUUAUUGAGACAACAUUUCCAGAGAGAUGUGUUGAAUCUGUGAAUGCGAAUCACGACCUCAUGAUACCGUGGAGCCGCAAGGAGUUACUGAGUGGCUUGCAAAAGAUUGCUCGGCAAACGGCUUCGUCCAAUGCGCUCUGUAUCUUCAUCGACAGCCUGGAUGAAUAUGAAGGCCAACACGAGGAUCUGUUCAACGUACUUUCCAACAUAGCGCAUGCAUCCCCCAUCAAGCUAUGGGUCGCAAGCAGACCCUGUAAUGUUUUUGAGAAGGCUCUGGGAAAAAACCAAACCCCCAAGCUUUACUUGGAGAACCUGAACAGGCCUUACAUCGAGCUCUUUGUGAAGAACAAGUUGCAAAACCGCGCUGAUUUCCAAGCUUUGGCGCUGUCUGGUCCAUACGCCGCCGAGCUGGCUUCUGAUAUUGUUGAACGUUCAAAAGGUGUUUUUCUUUGGGUCAAUCUGGUCGUGCUUUUAGUGAAGCAGGGUCUAGUCAAUGAGGACAGGCUUGUGGACCUGAAGCGUCGUGUGAGCGCUUACCCGGCUGACCUCAACGACUUUUUCAGACAUAUAAUGGACUCACUGCAGGUGCAGAUUGCUCGCGGGUUUUCUGUCGCUUUGGCUGCAAAGAAACCGCUCUCGGUUGUCAGCUUCUGGUACCUUGAUGAACUGGAGCUGAAUCCUGAUGUCGCUAUUACCAAGCAGGUUGACAAAUUGGCCGUGAAGAACGAGAGACUUGAGUGUUUCUGGAUGGAGGAGGUCCGCAAGAUGGGGGCGCGUAUCAACGGACGCUUCAAAAGAUUUCUUGAGAUUGUGAAGCCACUUGAUUGGAAAAUUCCUUCUGAAAUUAAGGUCGAUUUCCUCCACCGAACAUGGACGCCUUCCACUUUCGAUGUCCACUAUGCACUUUGCAACAUCCAACUCGCUGAAGUCAAAGAGCUGCAUCCAAAACUUGCGUAUUCACAAACUCUCGCCCGACUGACGGAAGGGAUAUUCUACUCAGCACGACAGUUCGAGAAAUUUCAUCACAGGUCGCUCAGCAUAGUUCUUGAACAUCUUGACCAUACAAUUACGGGCUAUGGCCACAGACUGUACCCUUGGGAAAACCCGGAAGAUGGAAACCUCAUCAUUGAAGCCGUCAUGAGCAACCUGGCCUACUUUACCUCAAAUCGCUUCGAGAAAGACGUCAUCAGCGAGGAAACGAGACUGAAGCGUCUUCAAAGGAUGUUCAACAUCAUGAAAUAUCUAACUGCGGAUGGUUUGCACGAUCCUCAAUCUCAUAUUGAGGUGGUUGGCAACCCACUUGACAUGAUUCUUCUUCUAGUGGAGGCUCGCCCCGUAACUGGUUAUAUUCCAUUCCGUACGGUAUUAUUAGGACUGGAGUUCUAUGAUAACGGGACCAUCCUGGGCAUCUUGCUAUGUCUCUGCAAGAGUGGCCUUGUGGACCUCGAAGAAUUCCGUGAGCUGGUCGCGCACGUCAGAAGACUAACUAAUUUAUGGAAUGCGAAGGAGCUGGAGGAAAUGACUCGCGUGGCAAGCAAAGCAACGAUAGGGCCGGCGCUUUCCAAAGCACAGGUCGGUCGAUUUGGAAAGACGAAAUACACCAAGGAGAAGGGAAAGUUACAUAGAUGGCUCGGGAAACUCAAAUCUGGCUGCUCAAUAAGCUAA